CAGGUAAGAUCGGGUACCUGUCAGAUUCAGGUCAGCAGUCAUCUGUGCUGUCCGCAGUCUCUGGUCAUCCCUGUGCUGUCCGCAGUCUCUGGUCAUCCCUGUGCUGUCCGCAGUCUCUGGUCAUCCCUGUACUGUCCGCAGUCUCUGGUCAUCCCUGUACUGUCCGCAGUCUCUGGUCAUCUCCUGUACUGUGUCCGCAGUCUCUGGUCAUCUCCUGUACUGUGUCUGCAGUCUCUGAUCAUCUCCUGUACUGUGUCCGCAGUCUCUGGUCAUCCCUGUACUGUGUCCGCAGUCUCUGGUCAUCCCCUGUACUGUGUCCGCAGUAUCUGG